UUCUUCGGACCUUGAUAGGCCCGUUACAGAACCGCAAGUGUCAAGCUUGAUGUGCAUCGCUUGCCAUGGACGUCCCACCGUGGGUCUACACCACAUCCGCCACAAAGCUUUGCCAACUCAUUCGGGAGGGCAAACUUAGAAGUUCCGAAUUGCUGGAAGCAUUUAUCGCAAAGGUCGAAUCUGAAUCGCACAUCAAUGCGGUGGUUGUAAAACACUACGCAGCCGCUCGGUCCCGGGCUGCUGCAGCAGACCAAUGCUGGAUUAAGAGCACAGGGUCCCAAUUGUGGGGCCGCUUGCAUGGUCUUCCAAUGACCGUGAAAGAGGAACUAACUGUGGAAGGGAUCCGUGGUCUCCAAGUCGAUGGUCAAGAGGAAGAUGUACCGACAGCCAGCUGUGCAGCUGUUCAGCGGCUUAUUGAUGAAGGUGCCAUUAUUUUUGGCAAGACUAAUGUGCCUGCGCGCUGCAAAGAUUGGCAGACCUUCAACAAUACCUUCGGACCAACAGCAAACCCGCAUGACUGCCAAAGGACCUGUGGAGGCUCUUCCGGUGGAUCGUGUGUGGCAGUCGCUUGUGGACACACUCCCGUAGAGCUUGGGGGUGAUGUGGCUGGGUCGAUACGCAUUCCUGCGGCAUUCUGUGGAGUUUUCGGAAUGCAAGGAACAUACGGACGAGUGCCAACAAGCUUUUGGAAUGAACCCUUGCACAACUGGCUUGGAAAAAAUAAGCAAGGAGCAAGUGAUGGGCUCAAGACUCUUUGUGCCCCAAUGAUGGACCUCAGUAGUGCAAAUCUCAUAGACCCACAUGUUUUCAAGGUCAUAGGCCCUAUUUGCAAGUUUGCAGAAGACUUGGCGCUCCUGAAUUCGGUCCUUGAACGGCAGACUGGGAUAGUUUCAGAAGUUUCAGAAAAGCAAAGGAGUCCAACCUCACCGCCGCCCAAGCAAUUUCGAUUGACCUUCCUUUCAGAAAUGUGCCCAAAUCGGCCAGAGCCACUGGAGCCAGCUCUCAGUGAUGCUGUGCGCGCUUCCUUCCACAGCCUGCAGGAGAAGCUCAAACAGUAUAGUGGGAGUAAUACUUCGUCUGUUGUGGUACCCUUGCGAGCGGCAUUUCCUGAAGACUUUGCAGACAUCAGCUACAGUCUCUACCGCCAAAUUUUGGCAAACAAAGAAACUGCUUUCCACCCUGAUGUGAUGAUUCGCAGGCAGUGGUGCCGCACAGUGUGGAAUGCAUUUUUUGAUGCAAAUGGUGUUGAUGCCGUGCUUAUGCCAAUAAGCCCGACCCUGCCUUUUCUUCGGAAUGAGGUUGUGGGCACGGAUGCGUACACACCUGAACGGUUUGUGUGGACUAACGAUUCAGUUGGGAAGCCAGCUGAACCACGAUCUUAUGCUGACUUUUUUUACUGGCCACACUUCAGCAUUCUAGCUCAGUUACCUUCUGUGAGCGUGCCUUGUGGAUCGAUUGAGCUUCCUAACUUGCACGUGUCUUGUUAUUCUAGUUCUGGGGACGGUGUGCAGCCAAUAGUGGCUAUGGACAGUCCAAGCUCCAGACAGACAGAGAAGCGAUCCGGCCAUAAGCUGUGCAAGGUUCCCAUUGGAUUCCAAUUGGUCAGUCGGCCACAUGCCGAUGCAUGGUUGGUUAGCAUGGCAGAGGAGAUCAAACGUGUUUCUGAAGCUUGACAUGGCUACAAGGUGGCCACAUAUUUUGUAUAAGUUUCUGCCAAGUAGCGUGCUGCAGUUUUCAGACUCUUGAGCGCACUUGCUGUGGCAUUUGUGGCAUAAGUAGCUUCAGUUCGUGAAGCAUUCCAAAAGUCCGCGUUGAGACCAAUUGAACAAUUCUUUGGUUUCGGGGGAAGAAAUAAACGGAGGCAACGUGAUUGGACCUCAAAGGCACUUGUCGAGACCGGGGCAGUAACACGGCAGCGAUAAGAUACAUUCUGAUGUGGGUGAGAGUGCGAGGGUGAGGCUGUGGCUGUUUGGUUUGCAUGUGGGUGGAGGCCAUUACUACAACUAGUAACAAGAAGCCACUAGGUGGAGGCCAUCGCUAUUGGGUUGGAGGCCAUUACGAUCACGCUUCGCAUAGAGGGCAUAGAGGGCAUAGAGGCGAGAGCUUUCCUCUUUCCAAAUUGAGCCCACAGCGACCAACUCAUUGACAACCAAAGAAAGCCCCUGUGGCGGUGUCACUGGGCGUUGAGUGUCACUUGUUGAUUGCUUGGCUUUGUUGACAGGUCAUUGAAUCAUCUACAUAAGGCUAAAGUUGCUCCCCAGCCGGGCCACCUGCCAGGUCCAAUGAAUCUGGAGUGGACCAUUUCACUUGCUUGAAAACUGCUCAAGAGAUACAAAGAGUUGAAGCAUCCAACCAUGCGAUAGUUGACUAGGUCAAAACCCCGUAGUGUAAUUGACACAUGGCACGGCUUUUAGGUACAGAGUAGUCCCUUUAGCGGUGGUUUUGAGUCUCAGAUUCGACCACUUUGAACAAAAGGACCGUUUGUGCACCCUGACCGCAACAUGCUUCUCCAAGUUGUAUGGUGAUAAUACACACCAACAUAGUUAUAUUGGUGUAAGUAGCAUUCCCA